UUUAUAGUUUAGCAUAAUUACAAGAAGAUCACGCACAGGUCCUAAAUUAAUUUAAUGACAGGAUUGUUGAACGUUUUUGGAAACAUGUUCAUCAUGCUGUUACCAAUAUGCAUUCUUACCAUGAGAGUUGCAAUUGCGCAGGACACAACACCUCUAGACGAAUGUUUUCACAAAUCAAAUUCACUUCAGAGAGAGAGAGUGGAACAUUUCAUAAUUUGAUUAAAAAAGGAACCAAUGUGAUAUUCAUGGACUUAGUGUUUUCUGAGGGAGCUAAUACAGACAAUGCUGAAUUCUUUGAGCGACAAACAGAACAGCGUUGGGUGUGGAUAGGGAAGAAGUACCAAUAUGUCCUGGGGUACCCAGAGGAUGUAGACGUGUACAGCUUUGGCCUUUUGAAAGCUAAACAAGAGUCACUCAGUGUCAAUAUAUCCAUCGGCAGCUUUUCAGAAGUUUGUAAAUCAAAGUUUGAUAUUUACCUUUCACAAUACCUGCUACUCAUGAUAGAUGAGAACACGACCCAUAGUUUUAAAGUACCAGAUGGAUACAUUUGUCAUUCAAACGUCAUUGCCGAUGAAAUACGAGAUUUUGUAAGUGAUAUAUCGGGCGUUCAGAUUGGAUAUGAUUUUAUUUGCAUCGCGGAUGAUAAAGAGGAAUUUUCUACGGUUGGAAAAUCCUAUAUAAAUUAUAUUGUCAUUUCUAUAAUCCUUUUGAUAUAUUUUUUCUACCCACUUAUUAUCGAGUUAUCGUUUUAUGUACGAGACACAGAAAACAGAUUUGAAAUGUACUAUAUAUCUGACUCGCCUUACAGCCCUGUCAGAUUUUGUAGGUGUUUGAUCUUUACUGGAAACAACAAGUACUACGCAGCAAUACGUAUUAUAAUUAUAAUUACCAUUGUUACGUCACUUGUGUAUUUACUUAAAUCACAUGUAUAUGAGCUAUGCAACUGCUCUUUGAAAUCCUCAAACAAAGAACUGAAUUUUCAACAUGCUGAAAACUACUACACCACCUUAACAAAUAGUGUGUUCCUCGUAUGGGGUAUUUUCAAUUUCCUUCUUCUCAACUUAGCAUCGUUGUUAAACUCUGAUGGCAUACUAGACGACUUCUUAAUCGUUGACUUUACUGGAUUACAUAAUUAUGAUUUCAUCCUAAAACUAAUACCAGUCGCUGUCUUCCUAAAGGAGCAACGUCCAAGUGACUGUCAUCAAAAACCACAAAAACCAUUGACUUCAUUAAAAAUCCAAAAGUUAUCCUUGAUUUUAACCUACAAGUUUUGGUUCAAAGUACUCUUUAUUAACACUACUACUUCCAGUCUUAGUUUUCCUCACAUGCAAUUCAUUAUUACAUUUCCUUUAAACGUUAUACUGAUUUUAUGUAAUACGUUCUGUCCGUUGGUUUUUAUUCUUUAUGCGUUUUAUGUAAAAUGCAUUACGUUGGUGGGUAAGUGCAUAUUUUCAAAACCUAGCUUUCGCAUUACUGGUAUUAUUGGCGGUAUGUUCGCCCAUGUUGGGGCUCUGGAAUACAUAAUCACUUCUUACAUUUAUUCAUUUAAUAUUUUCUUUUACGGUAUUAGUUAUAUUAUUCAGUUUUUUGUAUACACUGUGCUUUUAGCUGUACCUCAUUUUUCUGUAGAAACAUUUAUAUAUGUUAUAUUUAUGACUUCUUUUAUGCUAUACAUUUGUCGCUAUAUCUAUCAAUUUACAAAACUAUAUAAAAAUCUUCUAGACGAGGUCCUUGAUCUUACGGACGAUAAACGCAUUCCUAUUAAAUGUUUCGAGGAAAUUGUUGAUAAAUAUUUUCCCCUUAGAGUAGAAGUAUUCUUUCUGUUGAUAAAGAUAAUAUCAUCUGCUUCAUUUUUUGCUAUAAUAUUUGAUACGAUGAAAAAUGUUGGAUAUGUAAAAAUCGGUGCCCAACCAGAUCUGAAUACUUUUAUAACACUUCUCUUCCUUUUUGGACCUCCACGCUUUGUUGAAGCUCUGGUUGUAACCGACUUUACAAGCAGGGUCCAUAUGAAACAUUUAGAAAUAAAGAAAAUUGUCAAAGGAAUGCGAGAUGAAAUAAAUGACAACUCUGUUACGACAGUUAAUAUUUUAUCCGAAACAGAAAUUUGCCAGUUAAGGAAAGGUAGGUGUUUUGAUUUUAUAUAUAGAAAAUGCAAAACAAACUUUGAAUACCCUGACAUAAAUUAUUCUGACAGUAGUACAGAAAGAGAGACAUGUGAAAAUUGCUGGCGAAAUUGGUGUCUUAAGAACUGUUGUUUCAAAGAUUGUCCAAAUUGUUGUCUAUGUUUUAACUGUGUGGUUCGUUUCUGCUGUACACUUUGUUGUGGGUGUAUAUGUCCAGUUCAUUCGAAUAAAUGUCAGUGUUGUCUGAUAUUGAAAGUAAAAAAAGAAAAACAUUCAAUCGACGUCAAAACAGAUAGUAUUGAAGAUCAAUGCUGCUGCAUCCCACUGUUAGAUGAGCCUGAGAAUCAAACCAAUCCUAAAACUCGAGAGGACACCAAUCCUAAAACUCGAGAGGACACCAAUCCUAAAACUUCAGAGGACACCAAUCCUAAAACUCGAGAGGACACCAAUCCUAAAACUUCAGAGGACACCAAUCCUAAAACUCGAGAGGACACCAAUCCUAAAACUUCAGAGGACACCAAUCCUAAAACUUCAGAGGACACCAAUCCUAAAACUUUAAAGGACACCAAUCCUAUCACUCAGGAGGACACUAAUACUAAAACUCGAGAGGACACCAAUCUUAGCACUCAAGAGGAUAUCAAUCUUAACACUCGAGAGGAUAUCAGUCUUGACACUCAAGAGGACGCUAAUCGCACUUCUGUAGAGGAAACUAAACUAUAA